UCAAAUGAAGCUAGCCUUAAGCACUGUGUAUAGCCUCCAUAGAUUCUCAAAUUUGUUUAGACCUUCUGUUUUCACCGCCUUGUGGAGUCCAAUUUGUUCUUCAGAACUAUCAUCAUAUUCUCCCACUUAUGUGAAACCCCAAUUUCAUGUUCCACUCUUUCUGAGGCCACCAAUUUACUCAGCCAAGUUAUGUGACCUCAGAAAAUGGCGUGAUUGGGCCGAAAGCGUCGCUUCUUCAAUUGGUUCGUCUUUUGUUCAGUCAGAUAAUGGCCCAGACUCGAGCAUGCUUUGCAGGGAGCUCAAGUGGCUCAUUGAGGAUGUUGUUGAAGACCAUUCACAGUUUCCACAAACGGGUUUGGAGAACGGCGAUGAUGAUGAUGUGAGGGUGAAAAUGAGGGCUAAUUUAGAGGAACUUUAUGGUCUAUGGAAGCAGAGGAUUACUGAGAGGAGACCCUUUCAGUACAUAGUUGGAUGUGAGCAUUGGAGGGACCUUGUUUUGAGUGUCCAAGAAGGGGUCUUGAUUCCGAGACCGGAGACCGAACUAAUUGUUGAUUUUGUGUGUGAUGUGAUGUCAAACAAUGAGGACUUGAAAAGAGGGAUGUGGGCUGAUUUGGGUACAGGAAGUGGCGCCCUUGCCAUUGGUAUUGGUAGGGUUCUUGAAAAUGCAGGGAGGGUUAUUGCCACUGAUUUAAGCCCUGUGGCAGUUUCUGUUGCUGGUUACAAUGUGCAGAGGUAUUGCUUAAAGGAAAAAAUUGAAAUAGAGGAAGGAUCUUGGUUUGAACCAUUGAAGGAUAUGGAAGGAAGGCUUGCGGGUCUUGUAAGCAACCCACCAUAUAUACCGAGUAAAGACAUCUCUGGCCUACAAGCUGAAGUUGGUAGGCAUGAACCGAGAGUUGCAUUGGAUGGAGGUAUUGAUGGUAUGGAUGCUCUUUUCCAUCUUUGUGAUGGUGCUGCUUUGUUCUUGAAGCCUGGUGGAUUUUUUGCCUUCGAGACAAAUGGUGAGCAGCAGUGUAGGACUCUUGUUGAAUAUAUGGAAAACAAUAGAGGUGGAAGCUUACACAAUUUUGAAAUACGUUCUGAUUUUGCUGGCAUUCAACGAUUUGUAAUUGGAUUCCAUAAAUAGACAACUUUUGAGUUACAAAGUACAUGGUUAUUUAUAUUUAUUUUGGCUCAAUGGUUCCUCCCAAUUGUUGCAAGAAGUAUAACACGUUAUGCUUUAGAUUUGUGAUGGUUAUGCUUUAGAUUUGUGAUUGUUUCCACUUUUCUCUCAGUUUUUGUUAACCCAUGAGCAACAAGGAGAAGCCCAAAUCACCAAAUGGUACAACAUGUAUAAUUACUUACACAAUGAACAGAAAUAGGCGUUUUUUGGA